AUGCCUAGUGGCACGCGGCAGCGGCAGCUUCUCGCCAUACAGCCACAGGCGGCUGCGGGAGCAGCGGCAGCGGGGGAAGACUCGGGCACGCCGCCGGCGCCGCCGCAGCCGCCCAAGCCCAAGCCGCGGCGGGAGCUCAGCUUGCAGCAGCGGUGGCGCGCAGCAAAGUUCAAGGUUUCGGAGGCUGCGGAGCGGCUGAGCGAAGCGCCGCCCGUGGCGGCCGUGGUGCACGCGGUGGCGGCCCUGAGCGCGCGCCUGCAGCCCCUGUACGCCGCCUGGGAGCUGCUGCAGCGCAAGUGGGAGGCGCUGCUGGAAGUGUACAAUGAGUUUCUGGUUGAGGAGACCAAGCGGCAGUGGCGGUGGAGCAACGUGUAUGGCAAGGAGCUGGCCUGGUGGAGCCAGGCGCCGCCCUUCUUGGCCUACUUUGUGGUGACGGUGGUGUACGAGGCCUUCAUGCCCGUCAGCUUCCUGGCGGCGGUGGCGGUGCCGCUGUGGUAUGCCUGGGUGCUGUGGGACGACUGGUGGCGCUCCCCCAUCUUCCUGGCGCUGCUGCUCACCGCGCCCCUCAAGUGGGUGCCCUGGGCGGACAUGUGCCUGGUGUGGCCGGGCCUCAUCUGA